CUUCAGUUUCAUGCAUAAUACCCAUUGGUUCUGUGUAUGGUUCCAUGCCGGGACACAAACUUCCGGCACCACCUUAUCAUCAUCAUCUUCUUUGAAACUAUUUUAUCUCUUUCCUCUUCCCAGCAUUUCCAUUUUUUCCUUUGGAUAGUUCCACUAAAAUUCCAGAGAUGGCAUGUGGUGCGUGUGAAGGAUUGAAUGCUACUCUUAAAAAAAAUAGUAAGGUUAUUUAUGGUGAAGAGGAAAGAGCACAAUCAAAGGGAUGGAAGAGAGUGAAGAUAUUUGAAAAAUCAAAAUAUCAACUUAUAGAAUACAGUUCAUUGCCCCAUUACUUAAGGGACAAUGAAUUCAUAUUGGGUCACUAUAGAUCAGAGUGGCCAUUGAAGCAUGUCUUCCUCAGCAUUUUCUCAAUUCAUAAUGAGACACUUAAUGUUUGGACGCAUUUGAUUGGGUUCUUCCUUUUUCUCUUUCUCACCAUAUACACAGCUAUGAGAACUCCAACGGUUGUGGACUCCCUUCAACAUUUGCAUGAAUUUUUAGGAAAAGCUGAUUUGAAUAAGAUUCAUGAGGAGCUUUUGAAGUGCUUGCAUUCACUCCCCAUUAUGCCUGAUCUUCAUAAAAUUAAAAAUGAGUUGAGUACAUCUCUUCAUUCAAUGAACUUCUCCUCAUUAUCAGGCUUGAAUAUUAUAGAACUUCUCACCAGUUGCUUUCCCAAGAAGUUUUCCCCUAAUGAAUUGAAAGAUGAAACAAUGGAGUUUGUAUCCCCUUCAAUAAUCCAACCAAUUACAAGGUGGCCAUUUUAUGCCUUCUUAGGUGGAGCUAUGUUCUGUUUAUUAGCCAGCAGCACAUGCCACCUCCUUGCUUGUCACUCACAACGCCUUUCUUACAUAAUGCUAAGAAUUGACUAUGCUGGAAUUGCUGCAUUAAUUUCAACUUCAUUUUACCCUCCUGUAUAUUACUCAUUCAUGUGCAACCCUUUCUUUUGCUUCCUCUACUUAGGCUUCAUAACAUUAAUGGGAAUUGCUACUAUUGUUUUCUCUCUUCUACCUUUUUUCCAAAAGUCCGAGUUUAGGAAGUACCGCGCUUCACUCUUCUUUUUGAUGGGGUUUUCGGGCGUGGCGCCGAUAAUGCAUAAGUUGAUACUGUAUAGGCAUGAGCCUGAGGCCUUGCAGACUACAGGAUAUGAGAUAUUAAUGGGAGUUUUGUAUGGUUUGGGAGCUUUAAUUUACGUCGCGAGGAUACCGGAGAGGUGGAUGCCGGGGAAAUUUGAUAUUGCUGGUCAUAGUCACCAACUUUUUCAUGUGUUGGUUGUGGCAGGGGCAUACACACAUUAUCUUGAUGGCUUAAUUUACCUUAGAUGGAGAGAUUUGAAAGGUUGUUAGUCUUGGUAGUGAGUUUUUGUUGUAGGUAUAUUUGGAUUUCUCUUUGAUGUUCAAAAUUUAAUUAGAUAUCAUUUUUUAUGAAAGAUGAAGAAAUCAAUUGUGGACUAUUAUUGUAUAGCAAAGCUUCAUUGUUCUUUUGUGUGUGUUAGAUUUAUGAAUCUACAAGUUAAGAUGAUA